CGGCACACUAAGCAAUUCACCAAGAUGCCACCGACACUUCCAGAGUUCUCUCUUGAGGGCAAGGUCGCAGUCGUGACUGGCGCCUCUCAAGGGCUUGGCCAGCAGAUUCUCAAUGCGUUCACACUCUCAGGAGCCCAUGGAGCUGUAGUUGACUUGACACAAGACAGUGCUCAGAAGUCUGUACAGCACCUUAUUCAGGAAGCGAAAGAUGCCGGUCUCCAAGAACCGAAGAUUCAUGCAUACGAAUGUGAUACAUCAUCUGAGGAGGGUGUCAAGUCGACCUGGGACAAGAUUGUGAAAGAGUUCGGUAGAGUCGAUAUCCUAGUGACGAACGCCGGCAUAACCGGGGGAGCACCUGCGGAAGACUACCCCUACGAGGACUUCAAGAAGAUGAUCGAUGUCAAUCUGACUGGCACCUUCCUCUUCGCUCGUACCGCUGGCAAGUGGUGGAUCAACAACAAAAUCGACGGCCGUGUCCUGAUGGUAUCAUCCAUGUCUGGAUCCAUCGUCAACAGGCCGCAGAAGCAGUGCGCAUACAAUGCCAGCAAGGCUGCAUCUGCUCAGCUGAUGAAGUCGCUUGCUUCUGAGUGGGCUCCUCAUAAUAUUCGGGUCAAUGCUUUGUCACCAGGAUACAUUCAGACGGAGGCGAAUGAAGGCGAAGAGAUGGAGAAGCUGAGCAAGGAGUGGAUCAAGGACAUUCCUAUGGCGAGGAUCGCGAAGCCGGAGGAGUUCAGAGGUGCUGCGGUUUGGCUUGUCAGUGAUGCUAGCAGCUACGUUACUGGUAGUGAGAUCAUCGUGGAUGGAGGUUACACGAUCUGGUGAGCAAAGCAGCGAUGUUGUCAUGGAGGUAGUCCUGCGAGGCUCAGCUUCCAAAGAGGC